AUGACAUUAGCUCAUAAGUCUUGGAUAGAAGACAUAACAGUUUCUCUCCUGCUAAAAUGUCCAGCCAAAAGUUUGAUCAGAUUCAAAUGCGUUUGCAAGUCAUGGUCGACUCUGAUACAUAAUCCAGAGGCCAUUGGCAAAAGCAUUCUCUUCAACGCCAAAAACAAGAACACCAACAGUACCACCUCCCAACUCCUCAUCAGUCGUAUCAACAAGAACCCUAACCCUGAUGACACAGAGGAGCCUGCUGUGUUUUCUCUCUGUUCUUAUAACAACCUUCACGAAAUGUCUACAAACCAAUACCUCCCUUCCAUCAACUCACCUGAUCAUGGGGAUGAUUUUUUCCUAUGGAAUCCUGCUACUGAGAGGAAAGAUUACAAGGUGAUAAAACUCAUAAGAAUUCCUACAGAAGAAUAUUAUAUAGAACUUUACAACCUAGAAGAAGAUUAUUGGAAGAGAAUCGAUAUUCAAGGAACGGGAAGAAUCACUACAUUUGAUAUAGGAAAGGAGGUUUUUAUGAACACAAGGCUUCCUGUCGAAGAAUGGAGGACGGUUGGUGGUUUGAUGUAUGGGUUUUACAUGAAAUUGGUGUAG